AAUUACCUCAUACGACACAACACUCAUUUUGGCGCCAAUUCAAGCUCCAUUGGGAUUUGGGAACUGUCUCACUCCGACUUUCCCUUUUGAUCUAAUUUUUUCAAAACCCUAGCUUUCACUUCAAUCUCCACUCUCCCAAAAUCAAUCACCAUUGCUGGAAUCUUGAUGCUCGUACAGUUGUAAUCCAGGCAAAAUAGUCUUCGGCGAUGAAGGAACCUCCCUCUAAGCGACCCAAAAUCGUCAGAGGGGAUGAUGAUUAUAUGCCAGGGAACAUUAUUGAGAUACAACUCCAUAAUUUUAUGACAUUUAGUCAUUUGACAUGCAAACCUGGACCUCGGUUGAACCUUGUAAUUGGACCAAAUGGAUCUGGGAAGAGCUCCCUUGUAUGUGCUAUAGCACUUGGACUUGCUGGUGAUCCUAAGCUGCUUGGGCGGGCAAAAGAUGUUGGUUCUUUUGUGAAGCGGGGAGAGGAAUCUGGUUAUACUCAAAUUACCUUGCGAGGCUCCACUAAAGAGGAGCGAAUUACCAUUAUGCGAAAAAUGGAUACGAGUAACAAGUCUGAGUGGUUGUUAAAUGGAAUAGUGGUACCUAAGAAGGAAAUUGCUGAAAUAACUGAAAGGUUCAACAUCCAAGUCAGCAAUUUGACUCAGUUUCUGCCUCAAGACAGAGUCUGUGAAUUUGCGAGGUUAUCUCCUGUAAACCUUCUAAAAGAGACUCAAAAGGCUGUUGGUGAUCCUCAACUUCCAAUUUGGCGUGAUGCACUAAUAGAAAAAAGUCAGGAAGUGAAGACUUUAGAACGGGCUAUUGAAUCAAAUGAAAAAACUUUGGAUCAGCAUAAGGCAUAUAUUGCUGAGCAACAAAGAGAGGUUGAGCGAGUUCGUCAAAGAGAAGAACUUCUAGCCAAGGCUGAGACCAUGAAAAAGAAAGUACCGUGGCUAAAGUAUGACAUGAUAAAGGCUGAAUAUUUGGAAUCCAAGGAAAACGAGAAAGAGGCAAAGAAAAAGCUGGAUGAAGCUGCAAAAAUACUGAAUAAUCUUAAAGAACCUAUAGAGAAAAAAAAGCGAGAUAAAGAUAUUCUUAAAGAAAAAGUUAAAAAGAUAGCUACUCGCAUUGAUGCUAAUGCUGAAAAGCGUAUCAGUACUCUGGAGGAUGCAGAAUCUUGUGGUGUGAAAGUGCAAGGGAGUUACAAAGAAAUGGAAAACUUGAAGAGAAAUGAAGAAUCUCGUCAACAAAGGAUCUUAAAAGCCAAGGAGGAGCUUGCUGCUGCUGAAUUAGAAUUAGAAAAUAUGCCUCCUUACGAACCUCCUAAGGCCAAAAUUGAAGAAAUGCGCGGUCAACUAUCAGAACUACGAGUAUCCGCAACUGAAAAAAUGCGUCAAAGACAAGAGAAGGAAAAACUUUUGUUUCAAAAGAGGAAAGCUCUUGGAGAGAACCAGGAGAGGUUAAAACAGAUUCAGGGUAGAAAUAUGAAACUUCUGCAAGCAUUGAAAAGAUCUGGAUGUCACAGAAUAGUUGAAGCUUAUGAUUGGGUGCAGAGUCAUCGCCAAGAUUUUAAAAAGGAAGUUUAUGGUCCGGUGCUGCUAGAGGUUAAUGUACCAGAGCGACAUCAUGCCAACUACUUAGAAGGUCAUGCUCCUAACUACGUCUGGAAGUCUUUCAUAACUCAAGAUCCUCAUGACCGAGAUCUUUUAGUCAAAAGCUUAAAACCAUUUGAUGUUCCAACUUUAAACUACGUGGCAAACCAACGUUUUUCUAGUGAUCCAUUUCAAAUUACUGACCAGAUGAGGGCACUUGGGAUAGAUUCACGACUGGACCAAGUCUUUGAUGCUCCUUUUGCUGUCAGGGAGGUUUUGGUUUCCCAAUGCCAUUUGGAUAAAUCGUAUAUUGGGUCAGAGAAAACUGAUCACAUGGCUGAUGAGAUCUCCAAACUGGGAAUUCUCGAUUGCUGGACUCCAGAAAAUCACUACCGUUGGACUAAAUCUAGAUAUGGGAAUCAUGUUUCUGCAACUGUAGAUAUGGUGUCACAGUCACGACUUUUUGAAUGCAAUAUAGAUGAUAAGGAAAUAGAGAGGCUCAAUGCCAAGAUUACGGAGCUAGAAGAAAAUAUUACUUCCUUAGAAAGAAGUGUUCGAUCACUUCAGUCUGAGGGAAGUCUCAUUGAUGAGGAAGCUGCUAGACUUGAAAAAGAACGGGAAGAGAUUAUAAGAGUUGCACAACUUGAAUCAAGGAAGCGGCGCGAUAUGCAAAACCGUAUUGAACAAAAGAAACGGAAAGUAGAAUCGAUAGAGAGGGAGGAUGACUUGGAUACCCUUAUGGCGAAACUAAUUGAUGACUGUGCAAAAUAUAACCAUGAUCGUUUCCGACUAUUAAUGAAAUUUAAGGAUCUACUUGUUGAAUCUGUUAAGCUCAAACAAACUCAUGCUGAAAAUCAUAUGGCCGCCAUUGAAUUUGAUGCAAAGAUAAGAGAAAUGGAGAUCAAUAUCAAGCAAAAUGAAAAAUCUGCUCAUCAAGCAGCAAUGCAUCUUGAGGAGUGUAAAGAAGCAGUUCGUUAUUGUCAAGAGAAACUUUCAGCUGCCAAGAGGCACGCAGAGUCGGUUGCCGUGCUUACUCCUGAACUUGGAAAGAAAUUUCUUGAGAUGCCAACUACAAUUGAGGAAUUGGAAGCUGCAAUUCAAGAUUAUAUUUCUCAAGCCAAUGGUAUUUUCUCCUUGAACCGCAAUGUAUUGGAGGAAUACGAACACCGUCAACGUCAGAUUGCAGCUCUUUCAACAAAAUUGGAAGACGACAAAUUGAAGCUACAGAUUCAUAAAGAAGAAAUAGAUCAAUUGAAGGAGAGUUGGCUUCCUACUUUGAGAAACCUUGUUGCUCAGAUUAAUGAGACAUUCGGUCGUAACUUCAAAGAAAUGGCUGUUGCGGGCGAAGUUUCUUUGGAGGAGCAUGGCAUGGACUAUGACCAAUUUGGUAUACUGAUAAAAGUAAAAUUCAGACAAACGGGAGAGCUUAAAGUCCUAAGCGCACACCAUCAGUCCGGAGGGGAACGCUCUGUUUCAACUAUACUCUAUCUUGUUUCUCUACAAGACCUUACACAUUGCCCCUUUAGGGUGGUUGACGAGAUAAAUCAAGGGAUGGAUCCCAUUAAUGAAAGAAAGAUGUUCCAGCAGUUAGUUAGGGCUGCAAGCCAGCCAAAUACGCCACAGUGUUUCUUGCUUACCCCUAAGUUGCUUCCGGAGCUAGAGUACAGUGAAGCAUGCAGUAUUCUAAAUAUAAUGAAUGGUCCCUGGAUUGAACAGCCUGCUGAAGUUUGGAGUGGUGGAGAAUGCUGGAGGAAUGUGACCGGCGUUAAGGCGCAGUAGGAAAAUGUUAAUAUCGAAACUUCUUACUCCCUUGUUCUUGUACUUCUCUACUGAUAAUUGUCUUAGAACAUAAUUUUGAUACAAGAAUGUAUGUGAAAUCAUUUCUUGGCCUUUUUUGUAAGUAACCACUACAGGGUUUGAUUGAUUCGACCAAACUUUAUCAUUGUCAUUAUUUUGUACAGAAACUUCAAGUUUAGUAUUCUGUUAGUUUAUCAAAGAGUAUUAAAAUUUUAACUAUUUUCACUUAAUUAUGGAUCAUAUAUGUAUGUACAAUGUUACCAUUAUAGAUAAGCCUUUUAGCAUUUCUCAUAAGCUAAUAAUAGAAAAAAUCCAAAUCAGCAUUAUUCCCAAACUUGGAUUGUAAAAGCUUUUUAAACUCAAGAAAUAAAUUAAAAAAAAAAAGGUCAGAAAUUCACUACACACCCACCAAUGCCAUCA